AUGAAGGUUUCAUCAAACACUCGUCCAGCAACAAGCUUCAUCUUUGGAGGACACAUCGGCCCACAGACCAAGAACUCACUGGAAAAAGAAGUCCGGAAGAUUGCCAACGGCCCAAAUGGAGGAUGGAUACUCGAUACCCUGGCCAGCAUGCCACGGUACUGGGAGGCCGUGACGGAGAAGAUUCCCGAAGUUGCCAGCACGAUGCAGGGCCCUCGCUUGCUGGCCGACCUUGAAUCGUGGUUUCGAAUCGGUUCUGACUCGGUCGACUCGCUCGCUCCAGACGCGGAGCUCCCAGAUCUUUGGCUCGGGAUUCUGAUGGUGGCCAUUCAGCUGGAUCAGUAUUGGCGCUAUCUGGAGAGUCGACUCGCUGAUAGAGUUGUCGACGACCUACAGGCAGAGCUAAUCAAGGAGGACAAGGUCGAGGCAGUUGGGUUCUGUGCUGGCAUGAUCGCCGCCGUCGCCAUUGCCAGCUCCCACACUCGACAAGAAUUCGAAAAGUACGGCACCGUGGCCUUGCGCAUCGCAGCCCUGAUGGCAGUCCUUGUAGGUGCCACCGAGGAGUGGACCAAAGCGAUGGGUAAAGGCAGGUCAAUCUCGUUGGCCACAGCCUGGAGAACCCGCAAACAGGGCGAUGAUCUGGCGCGCAUCAUCUCGAAGCUGGCUCCCGAUGCCUAUAUAUCUGUUAUCCUAGACGACUCCCGAGCUACGGUGACAGUAUCAGAACGCCUCGCACCAAAGCUGGCCCGGCAGCUCCGAGCAGCUGGUGUCACGGCCAUCCAGCUCGCUUUCAAGGGGCAGCUUCACUCCCCGACAACAGAGCGCGAACGCCUGACCGAAGCCGUGAUCGAAAUGUGCCACUCGAUGUCUGAGCUGCAGUAUCCCGAUGCUGCCCAGCUCGCACUACCCGUCAACCAAGUCUCGGGUCAAGAAACGGGCUUGGUUGGGAUGGUCCUGCGCUCUAUGCUGGUAAAGCAGUUGAACUGGACCACCACCGCUUCGAAGCUGGCGCUGAACAAGGAGGAGCUCUCACGCGUUGAAUUUGGGCUUGACCGACCCCUCCCUCCCCCGGUGGUGCGUGCCUUUGGUGCUAAGCUUGAGUAUAAGGAGGUCAAUGUGCCCAAGCACCGACCACACGACAGGGCCAAAGAGCUUGUCCAUAAUACUGAAUCAGCGCAAGUCGCAGAGCCGCCGAGUCAGGAAGCAGACGAAAAUGCAAUUGCAGUGGUGGGCAUGUCGCUCAAGGUUGCAGGAGCCAACGACCUGGAAGAGUUCCAGCAGAUGCUCAAGACCGGACAGUCGCAGCACCAGCUCAUCACCGACGACCGGAUAACGCCCAACAUGAUUUUCCGCGACAAGGACCCCAACCGGAAGUGGUAUGGAAACUUCGUGCGCGACCCAGAUGCUUUCGACCACAAGUUCUUCAAGAAGAGCCCGCGCGAGUCGAUGGCAAUAGACCCCCAGGGCCGGCUUUCCCUCGAGGCCGCUUAUCAAGCUCUGGAACAGUCUGGAUAUUUCAACGAGCUGGCUAUGACAAGUGCUGCUGAGCAGGAAAGGAAGAAGCACGUUGGGGUCUACGUCGGGCUCUGCUCCUACGAGUACGAUUCCAACGUCCACUGCCAUCCACCCAGCGCCUUUACGACGACGGGGGAGCUCCGAAGUUUUAUUCCCGGCCGGGUCUCGCAUUACUUUGGAUGGACGGGCCCAUCGUUGACCUUUGAUACCGCUUGCUCUUCGUCAACCGUAGCCCUCCACAAUGCCUGCAGAGACUUGCUGUCCGGGGAGGUCCCAGCAGCGCUGUGUGGUGGUGUCAAUGUCUUGACAAGCCUGCAAUGGACGCAAAACUUGGCCGCUGGCAGCUUCAUCAGCCCGACUGGCCAGUGCAAGCCCUUUGACUCUGGUGCAGAUGGGUAUUGUCGAGGCGACGGAAUUGCCUAUGUCUUCCUGAAGAAGCUCUCAACCGCCGUGGCCGAUGGCAAUACUGUCCUGGGGACCAUUCGCUCUACAGGCGUCAACCAGAACCUCAACACCACGCCGCUCUUUGUUCCCAAUGUACCAUCCCUAUCAACGCUCUUUAACGAGGUGAUUCGCAAGGCACGCGUCAACCCACGCGACAUUUCGUUGGUCGAAUGCCACGGUACUGGCACCCCUGUGGGAGAUCCUGCUGAAUGGCAAAGCAUCCGGAAUGCCGUGGCUGGUCCUCAACGUGAUACGGUUCUGCCCAUUGGGUCAGCAAAGGGGCAUGUUGGCCAUACGGAAGGCGCAUCAGGCCUGGUCUCAAUGAUCAAGGUGCUGCUGAUGAUGCGAGGCAACUUCAUCCCUCCACAAGCCAGCUUCAACACCAUGAACCCCGGUAUCCACGCACAGCCCUCGGACAACAUGGAGGUAGUCACGGCCUUGCGGUCGUGGCCCGGAGCCCGGAAGGUGGCUCUGAUCAAUAACUACGGUGCUUGUGGAUCCAACUCAAGCGCGAUCGUUGCUCACUCGGCGCACAAGUCUGCCAAAGCCCCCAUGUCCGGUGGACAACGACUCCCCUUCUGGAUCUCCGGCCUCGAUGCCCGCAGCAUUGCAGCGUACAGCACCGCACUGGCUCCAUACCUCCAGUCACAGCACCAAGCGACGAGUCUCGCCGAUGUAUCGUUCAACAUGAAAUGGCAAUCGAACCCCAGUCUGUCUCAAGGAAUGAUCUUCAGCUGCGGUUCCUUGGACGAGCUCCAGGCCAAGCUUGCUCAGGCAGCCAAGGCUACCAAGGACACAGCCCCCAGUGUCGGCAUUGCGCCCGUGAAGCCUGAGCGACCCGUUAUUCUGUGCUUUGGAGGACAGGUCUCGACAUUCAUUGGACUGAAUCGCGCAGUAUAUGAAGGGGCAGCAGUGUUCAGGCACCAUCUGGAUACCUGCAAUGCCGCCAUUACAUCUCACGGUCUGAAGAGUAUCUAUCCCGACAUCUUCUCCAGCGAGCCAUAUCAGGAUACUAUUAAGUUACAGGCUGCUCUCUUUGCCACGCAAUAUGCCUCGGCCAAGACCUGGAUGGACUGUGGGAUCGCUGACAAGGUGGUCUCUGUGGUGGGCCACAGCUUUGGGGAGAUCACAGCCCUCUGUGUUGCAGGCGUGCUGAGCCUGGAUGACACGGUCAAGUUGAUCGCCGGUCGAGCCAGGUUGGUGCAGACCGCUUGGGGGGCUGACUCCGGUUCCAUGAUGGCCAUCGAAGCCGACAAAGGUUUGGUGCAAGAUCUGCUCCAGGAAUCCAACGCAAAAUCCGACGGAACUGCGGGCAUCGCAUGCUACAACGGCCCUCGCAGCUUCACCGUGGCUGGAUCAACUAAGGCCAUUGACGCAUUUGCCGCCACGCUGCCAGGAAAGGAGGUCAAGAGCAAACGUCUCAACGUCACCAAUGCCUUCCACUCAGCCUUGGUAGAGAGCAUCAUCGACCUUCUGGGGGAGGUUGGGAAGGGAGCCACCUUCCAUGACGCCAUCAUCCCGAUAGAACGAGCCACUGAGCAUGGCGGCGACUCUACGUUGGACUGGACCUUUGUCGGCUCGCACAUGCGCCAGCCGGUCUUCUUCAACCACGCUGUACAGCGACUCGCAGAGAAACAUCCCGAGGCCAUCUUCCUUGAAGCUGGCUCCAAUUCGACCAUCACCGUCAUGGCAUCGCGGGCCCUUGCCAACCCUCAGUCGACGCACCACUUCCAGUCCAUCUCCAUCACUAACACCAACAAUGGCAUCGACAGGCUCACCGAUGCAACGGUCGACCUCUGGAAACAGGGGCUACGGGUGUCUUUCUGGGCCCACCACCGCCUCCAGAAGGACGAGUAUGCGCAGCUCCUCCUGCCGCCUUACCAAUUCGAAAAGGCACGGCACUGGCUCGAGCUCAAAUCGCCAAUCGAGCAAGCCAUGAAGAUUGCUCAAGUCCAGGAUGGAACCAAGACUCAGCAGGAGCACGUCAACCCUAAUUCUCUUGACAUGUGGACCUUCCUGGGCUUCCAGGAGCACAAGAAGAAGACCAAGCUGGCUCGGUUCCGCAUCAACACGUCCUCAGACAAGUAUCAGCGUCUCUUUGCAACCCACUUCAUCGCGAAGACGGCGCCCAUUGCUCCAGCCACGCUCGAGAUUGACAUGGCCAUCGAGACCCUUUUCAGUCUCAAUCCGGAAUGGAGACGUAGUGGUUUCUCGCCGAUAAUCCGCGACAUGCUCAGUCAUUCGCCCAUGUGCGCUGACUCGACGCGGGAGUACUUGCUCGACCUGGAGCCACUCAAUCCAGCCGAAACAGAGUGGCAAUGGACCAUUCACAGCACGGGGGUUUCUUCCACCAACGACAAGCACGCCGAGGGCCGCAUCGCCAUGUACUCAUCAUCCGACCCGGCCGCUCUCCAGGAAUUUGGACGCUGGAAGCGCAUUGUUACAUACGCCCAGUGUCAGGCCGUUCUGGCAUUGGGUCCACACGAUGAGGGUGUGGAGGCCCUCCAAGGGCGCAACGUGUACCGAGCCUUUGAAGAAGUUGUCGAAUUCGGGUCCGUAUACCGCGGCGUGAAGUACAUCGUGGGCCAGGAGAAAGGGGAGAGUGCAGGCAUCGUGCAUAAGCAACACUCCGGUGAUACCUGGCUUGACGUCCCCAAGGCAGACUGCUACGGCCAAAUUGCAGGAAUGUACGUCAAUCUGCUGACAGACAUCCCCGCCAGCGACAUGUUCGUUGCCACCGGCCUCGAGCUGGUGAUGCGCUCGCCAAAAGCUCAGACUGGGACAGAUGGCCGGGAGAAUGGUCCAAAUGUCUGGCAUGUCCUCGCUCGCCACGCACGUCAAGGCGAAAAGGCUUACGUGACCGAUGUCUUUGUCUUCGAUGCCUCGACGGGUGCUCUGGCGGAGGUCAUCCUGGGCCUGCAAUAUGUCCGCGUCCCCAAGGCCACAAUGAGCAAGAUCCUGGCACGAGUGACGACGGACAAGUCAUUUGUGAGAAGCACCGCAACAGCAUCUCUGCCGUUGCCUGACCGUCUUCAGCCUCGUGACGGGCCCAUCACUGCUCCUGCCCCCAAGCUGGCACCUACCAAGGCAAACGUCAAGAAGGCAAAACCUGUCGGUGGCACACGCAAUAUCGCAAAUGAAGUAUGCAAUGUGGUUGCCAACGUUUCCGGCAUCGAGGCCAGCGAAUUGAGCCUCGACAGCGAGAUGGCCGACUUGGGUAUUGAUUCCCUGAUGGCCAUGGAAGUGGCGCGCGAGAUGGAGAACACUUUCCAUUGCACCCUCGACAGCACCGAGACAAUGGUCGCCACCAGCAUUCGUGACUUUGCUUCCUGCGUGUCGAAUGCAUUGGCGAGAUCUGGAGGUCAAGACGCUGACUCGACCAGCACCGAGAGCGAUGAUGUGCUCUCAGACUCGGGGGGUGAAGACACCGACUCUGAUAUCUCGACUCCGGACGACGCCUCGGACAUUACCAGCAAGAGUCACGAUCCGGUGAGUGAUCCACUCACCCCAGCGAUACAAAAUGUUGAUCGUGACGAUGUAGCUGCCCGUGAGGCAGAGGCCCUGCAUUUAGUCGAAGCCUACACGGCCGGCUGGGAGUCGCCGGUACUUGAAGACGCUAUCACCACUGGGUCUAGUGCUGGAGCUGUGGUAAUCGUGACAGGUGCAUCCGGCAGCCUAGGAUCGCACAUUGUUCAAGCCCUCGCCGAGCACCCCGAUGUCGCAAGUGUCGUCUGCAUCAACCGCGCGGUCAAGGACACGCACCCCGACAGCCGACAAGAAGAGGCCCUAUCUUCCAGAGGCAUAACACUGUCGCCAGCUGCCCGCGAAAAACUGCAGGUAUAUGGGACUGAUACUUCAAAGGCCCAGCUCGGUCUCUCGAACCAGGAGUACAACUGGCUGGCCCAACACGGAACGCACAUCAUCCACAACGCGUGGCCCAUGAGCGCUACACGGCCGCUCAAAGCUUUCGAGCCCCAGCUUCAGGUUAUGCGCAACCUGUUGGAUCUGGCGCGCGACAUGGCCCUCGGAGAUGAGCCGCGCAGGAUCGGAUUCCAGUUUAUCUCUUCGAUCGGCGUGACGGGGUUUUCGAACGAGUCGCCCGUCCUCGAGCAGCCCAUGGCAAUGGCUGCGGCGAUACCCAGCGGCUACAAUGAGGCCAAGUGGGCGUGCGAGCGCAUGUUGACCGACACGCUGCGCCGUCACCCGCAGCUUUUCCAGGCAAUGGUGGCCCGGCCUGGCCAGAUUUCUGGAUCAACUGCAAGUGGCUUCUGGAAUCCUGUCGAGCACUUUGCUUUUGUUAUGAAGAGUGCUCAUGCACUGAAGGUGUUUCCUGAUCUGCAGGGUGUGCUACAUUGGCUGCCCGUGGACAAAUCCGCCAGCAUCAUGGUGGAUCUGCUCAAUAUCGGCAGCGGCGAAGACUCAGGAGAGGUCUAUCCGGUCUAUCACGUCGAUAACCCUGUUGGUCAGUCGUGGAAGGAAAUGGUGACGGUUUUGGCGGCAUCUCUGGAUAUCCCACCCCACGGUAUCGUUCCCUUCAGGGAGUGGAUCCAGCGAGUUCGUCAAUCAUCUCUGCCACCAGCGCAGAACCCGGCGUCCAUGGGGCUGGGGUUCCUUGAGAGCCAUUUUGAACGCAUGGCUUGCGGUGGGAUCGUGCUGGACACGCAGCAUUCAAAGGAGCACUCGAAAACUAUGGCUGCGCAAGGGCCAGUGAGUGCUGAGGUGGUUCGGUCGUAUGUCUCGUCUUGGAAGACGAUGGGGUUUCUUCAUCAUUAG